AUGGACGCCUUCUGCGGCUCCAGCUUUUGGGAUCCCAACCUUACACUGCACACUGAUAGUCCGGACCUAACCCUGUGUUUCCAGAAUACUGUCCUGGCAUGGAUCCCGUGCUUCUAUCUUUGGUGCCUCUUGCCAUUUUAUCUCUUUUAUCUAAAACACAACAAUCGGGACUACAUUGUACUGUCUGUGCUGAGCAGGUUUAAAACGGUCUUUGCUUUCGUGCUUUCGUGUGUUUGCUGGGCCAAUCUCUUCUAUGCUUUCCAUGGAAUUGUUCAAAGCAGAACACCACCGACAGUAUAUUUUGUCUCACCCUUAGUUGUUGGCAUCACAAUGUUGUUGGCCAUGUUGCUCAUCCAGUACGAGAGGCUUCAUGGUGUCCAGUCCUCAGGGGUUCUCAUCAUCUUCUGGUUCUUGUGCGUGUUGUGUGCCGUGGGUCCUGUACGAUCCAGAGUCAUUGGUACUUUCGCUCAGGAUCAAAUGGAAGACCGAUUUAGGAAUACCUCGUUUUAUAUCUACUUUGCCCUGGUCCUUGUUGAGUUGAUUCUUUCGUGUCUUAAAGAAAAGCCUCCAUUUUUCUCUCCGGUGAAUUUAGAUCCUAAUCCCUGUCCAGAAUUAAAUUCUGGUGUUUUUUCAAAGAUAACCUUUUGGUGGUUCACAAGUAUGGUGAUCCAAGGGUAUAAGAGGCCUCUUGAAGAUAAGGAUUUAUGGUCUCUGAAUGCAGAUGACAAAUCUGAAGUGGUAGUAGAAAAGCUCUGGAAUGAGUGGAAUAAGCAGAAACACAAAAGGCAACAGAAAAAAGAUGUAGCCUAUACGAAAAACUCUAACCAUGUGGUGAACCAUGUUGAUGACAGCCCAGAGGAAACAGAAAUCCUAUUAAGUGAUAACGUAAAGCAGAAAGAGCCGUCUUUUCUCAAAGCCUUACUUAGGACCUUUGGCCCUUUCUUCUUAAUUGGCUCCUUCUUCAAAUUGGCCCAGGAUCUGUUGUCUUUUGUCAACCCCCAGUUGUUAAGCAUAUUAAUUGGCUUCAUUAAGAAUAAAAGUGCUCCCUUAUGGUGGGGAUAUCUGAUUGCAGCUUUGAUGUUUUUCUGUGCCAUGCUGCAAACGAUAUUUCUUCACCAGCAUUUCCAGUACUGCUUUGUUACUGGAAUGAGACUGAGAACUGGCAUCAUAGGGCUGAUCUACAGAAAGUCAUUAGUCAUCACCAGCUCAGCAAAGCGCUUCUCUACUGUUGGAGAAAUUGUCAAUCUGAUGUCGGUGGAUACCCAGAGAUUUAUGGAUCUGACUACCUUCCUAAACGUGUUGUGGUCUGCGCCUAUCCAGAUUUGCCUCGCUUUAUACUUUCUCUGGCAGACUUUAGGACCCUCUGUGCUGGCUGGAGUUGCUGUGAUGGUCUUACUCAUCCCCCUUAAUUCCAUGAUUGCUGUGAAAAUCAGAGCAUUACAGGUGGAACAGAUGCACUACAAAGACUCGCGCAUUAAGCUAAUGAAUGAAAUUCUAAGUGGCAUAAAGGUACUCAAGCUCUAUGCAUGGGAAACAUCCUUUGCAGAAAAAGUGCUGGAGAUACGAAAGAAUGAACUCCGUGUUUUGAGGAAAUCAGCCUACAUGAUUUCUUUGUCAAGAUUUGUAUGGGUCAGUGCACCAUUUCUGGUUUCCCUGAGCAGCUUCGCUGUUUUUGUAAGUGUGGAUGAAAACAAUAUCCUUGAUGCAGAGAAAGCUUUUGUGUCUCUCUCCUUGUUUAAUCUUCUAAGGGGCCCAGUCCACCAUCUCCCCCAGCUUAUUAGCAUAAUUGCACAGGCAAGUGUUUCUCUAAAGAGGAUUCAACACUUCUUGACACAUGAUGAACUUGAUCCAAGCUGCGUGGAAACCAAGUUCAUUACUCCAGGGCAUGCUGUCACUGUAAGUGACGGAACGUUCAGCUGGGCAAAGGAUCUUGAGCCAGCUUUGAAAGAUAUAAAUUGGUUGGUCCCCAGUGGUUCUUUGGUGGCGGUUGUUGGCCAUGUCGGCUGUGGGAAGUCUUCCUUGGUGUCCGCUCUCCUUGGCGAAAUGGAAAAGCUCAGUGGGGAAGUGGCCGUGAAGGGUUCAGUUGCUUAUGUGCCCCAAAUAGCCUGGAUCCAGAAUGCCACAUUGAAAGAUAACAUCUUGUUUGGACACCCUCAUAACGAACAGAAGUACCAAGCUGUCUUAGAGGCAUGUGCCUUGAAACAAGAUCUCGAGAUGCUUCCUGGAGGGGAUCAGACUGAGAUAGGCGAGAAGGGCAUCAAUCUCUCAGGUGGCCAGCGGCAGCGGGUGAGCCUUGCCCGUGCUGUGUUCAGUGAUGCGGAUGUUUAUUUGCUAGAUGACCCUCUUUCGGCUGUGGAUUCUCAUGUAGCAAAACACAUCUUUGACCAAGUUAUUGGACCAGGAGGAACACUUAAAGGAAAGACUCGAAUCUUGGUGACCCACAGCAUCCAUUUUUUGCCUCAGGUGGACCACAUUGUGGUCAUUGUGGAUGGUAAAAUCUCUGAAAUGGGGUCCUACCAAGAACUUUUGCAGCAAAAUAGGUCUUUUGCUGAGUUCUUACGCAAUUAUGCACCUGAUGAAGAUGUAGAAGAAGAUGAGCCCACAAUAGUGGAGGAUGAGGAAGUUCAACUGGCUGAAGAUACGCUCAGCAACCACACCGAUCUGGCAGAUAGUGAACCGGUGGCCGAUGAAGUCCGCAAGCUAUUCCUAAGACCACCCAGUGUCAUAUCUUCAGAUGGGGAAUUGACUAGCAAAAUGUCAACGAAAAGAAAGGUGUGUGAUAAAAAACCACCUGAGCCUCCUCUGCCGAGAGCAGGUCCUUCUGAAAAACUCAUCCAAGCAGAAACCACCGAAACAGGCACGGUCAAACUGACUAACUUCUGGCAAUACAUAAAGGCGGUUGGCCCCCUUGUUUCCUUAUUUAUAUGUUUCCUAUACAUCUGUCAAGUUGCUCCUUCAGUUGGGGCCAACGUGUGGCUCAGUGACUGGACCAAUGAACCUGUAAUAAAUGGCACUCAGCACAAUGUGACCAUGCGAGUCGGCAUCUAUGCUGCCCUGGGUCUCUUGUAUGGGCUUAUUGUGCUGAUCUCUUCUCUUACCUGGGACAUGAGUGGCAUCAGAGCAGCUCGCACCCUUCAUGCAGCAUUGCUGGAGAACAAGCUUCAUACCCCGCAGUCUUUCUAUGACACAACUCCAACUGGCCGAAUCAUCAGCCGCUUCUCUAAGGAUAUCAGUGUGAUUGAUGAAAUGAUCCCACUAAAUAGCUAUGUGUUUCUGGGAACCUUCUUUACCUCCAUGUCAACUAUUAUUGUGAUCAUAGCAAGCACCCCACUCUUUGCUGUGGUUAUAAUGCCUCUAGCACUCCUAUACUUCUUUGUCCAGCGGUUCUAUAUAGCUACCUUUCGCCAGUUAAAGCGGCUGGAAUCGGUUAGCAGGUCUCCCGUAUUCUCCCAUUUUUUGGAAACGGUCACUGGAGCAAGCGUCAUCCGAGCUUACAGAAGAGAGAAGUCCUUCGUUUACAUCAGUGACACAAAGGUGAAUGACAAUCAGAAAAGUUACUAUCCUGGAAUUGUAUCCAACAGGUGGAUGGAAGUUAGAGUUGAAUUCAUAGGGAACUGCAUUGUAUUUUUUGCAGCCCUUUUUGCUGUACUGAGUAAAAACAAUCUGACCGCUGGCAUGGUUGGACUUUCCGUGUCUUAUGCUUUGCAGGUGACACAGUUUCUGAACUUGGUGGUAAAAAACGCCUCUGACCUGGAAAGCAACAUGGUGGUUAUAGAAAGAGUGAAGGAAUACUCAGAAACUGAAACUGAGGCUUCCUGGAUAAUUGAAGACAAAAGACCAUCAGACGACUGGCCCACCCAAGGGGAAGUGGAAUUUGCAAACUAUUCUGUAAGGUAUCGGAAAGAGUUGGACUUGGUGCUGAAAGACCUCAGCCUGCAUGUGAAAGGUGGAGAAAAGGUUGGGGUUGUUGGAAGAACUGGAGCUGGAAAGUCCUCUAUGACCCUCUGCCUCUUCAGGAUCCUAGAAGCGGCGGAGGGGGAAAUCAAAAUUGAUGGGCUGAGUAUCGCAGAUAUUGGCCUUCACGACUUACGAUCCAAGCUGACUAUAAUUCCUCAGGACCCUGUUCUUUUUUCUGGAACACUUCGAAUGAAUUUGGAUCCAUUUAAUAAAUAUUCCGAGGAAGAAAUAUGGAGCGCUCUUGAACGGUCCCAUUUGAAGAAGUUUGUCAGCAGUCAGCCAGCUAUGUUGGAUUACGAAUGCUCAGAAGGAGGAGAAAAUCUUAGUGUUGGCCAAAGGCAGCUUGUUUGCUUGGCACGAGCUCUCCUCCGCAAAACAAGGAUCCUUAUUCUGGAUGAAGCGACGGCAGCAAUUGACCUUGAGACGGAUGACCUCAUUCAGAUGACAAUAAGAACACAAUUUGAAGACUGUACCGUGAUAACAAUAGCACAUAGGCUGAAUACAAUUAUGGAUUAUACCAGAGUCCUUGUUCUAGACAAAGGGGCAAUUGCUGAAUUUGACACACCUUCAAAUCUUAUAGCAUCCAGAGGAAUUUUCUAUGGUAUGGCCAAAAAUGUUGGACUGGCAUAACAGGACAGUUGCUAUGUAUCAUCGAACGACUAGUUACCCACUGGGUUUGCACCACGUGCCAGCUAACAAUGGUUAGUUUUCCAGAGCAACCCAUAGUGGGUUAGCAUGUCAUUUGUCCCCAGUCCACCCUCCCUUGCGGUGGAUUGUUUCCCCCAAACAACCCACCUUGAGAACCCACAGUCUGCAUUAGGGGUUGUUAGCAUAUUGUCUGGCACGCCAGCAUGGCUUACAGCAAUUCCCUGCACAGCCACUCAGCACGAGUGGCCAAAUACACUGUGACUCUGGUCCUUUUGAAUGAUCUCUGUUCCUGAAAUUUUUCUAGGAUCUGAUUUCACCUACCAUCAGCACUCCAGCCCCCUCACCACCAGACUCCUAUUUCCCCUCACUUUCAGUGAUGCCCUCUGCCAUGUGACUAAGCAGUGGAGCAACCCUGAGCAAGCCUGUUUUCAUGGCAGAUUCAGCUGCGACUCCAACUCCAAAACAGCUCCCCACAACCCCCGUGUAUUUCCCAAACAGUUUCUCAAAUGGAUAAAUCCUCACUUUCCAUGAAAAAUGCAAAGUCGUGCAUCUAUCCAGCAGUGCAUUUGGGGGCUCCCCAUAGGUAUAUUAAAUUCUGUCUAAUUUCUGCAAACUUUCAAGGAGACCCCACACCCCUUUUGGUGCAAUGUUCCCAGGGGUCCCUGUCAGGCCCUAAUCUAUACUCCCCUGUUUUGAGUUUGCCGCAGCAGGAAAAAAGGCAAUUCUCAGGGACUUCAGUCUAAUAAACUUCCCAGGGACUUCCAGGAGGAGGGUUGUGGCAAUACUCAUCCCUGCUCAUCAUCCCAACGUGAAGAGAAUGUCAUCACGAAGAACCUCGACGGCAGGCCUUCUCUGUAGCGGCACCCACCUUCUGGAAAACCUUCCCUCAUGCGGUUCGGGAGGUGGAAAAUGUAAUAACUUCUAAACGCCUCCUAAAAACAUAUCUUUCUAAACAAGCCUUCCUUG